AUGUCACUGAAUAAAGCGUAUGCAUUAGAGAUUGAGCCCAAGCUAGUGAGUGAAGACUCAGUAAAAGGGAUCAAUAUUCUUAGGUUUAAAAUCAAGCCCACAGAAGAAGGGGUAUUUUCCAGAUACAAGAAUGGGGUUGUGAUUGCGUUCUUAUCUAUGAUUGGAUACGUUUUACAACGGCCAAGCUUUACGUGGAAUGGGUAUGAUGGAAUCAGUGCCAUGGUUAUACUUUUGAUGACAAUUUUCCUUUACUUUAAACGGGAUGGGUACGAAGAGAUUAUAAUCUUGAAGGACAUUGGCAUUCAAACAGUUACCGUGGGGGGAUGGAUGUUUCAAACCCCUGAAAAGAAGUUUAUCCCCUUAGGAGACAUUAUAGAUUUGGUUAUCCAUGAAGGGUUCCAUGGUUAUGGGCAAGUGAUCUUUUAUUUAUGUGUUUUGAAACGAGGAGGUGGUGAAAUGAUUCAGGUGUUAAUGCCGUCGUUAUUACCAAGAAAGGAGGUUCUAGUCCAGAUAUGGCAACUAUCUCGUCAACUUUUAUUUGGAAGUAAUCGUAGGUUUUAUCGCCGUGUUCCAGGACAAGGACUCCGGGAGAUUGAAUGA